AUGGCGUUGUCCGGGUCGACCCCGGCCCCGAGCUGGGAGGAGGAUGAGUGUUUGGAUUACUACGGCAUGCUGUCGCUUCACCGUAUGUUCGAGGUAGUGGGCGGGCAGCUGACCGAGUGCGAACUGGAGCUCCUGGCCUUCCUGCUGGAUGAGGCCCCCGGCGCCCCCGGCGGCCUGGCCCGCGCCCGCAGCGGCCUGGAGCUGCUUCUGGAGCUGGAACGCCGCGGGCAGUGCGACGAGAGCAACCUGCGGCUGCUGAGCCAACUUCUGCGCGUGCUAGCCCGUCACGACCUACUGCCACAUCUGGCUCGCAAGCGGCGCCGGCCAGUGUCCCCUGAGCGAUACAGCUAUGGCAAUUCCAGCUCGUCUUCCAAGAGGACAGAGGACAGUGGCCGGUGUCGGCGACGGGCGAGCAGUUCUUCCCAUUCUCCUCAGAGUCAGUGGGACACAGGCUCCCCACCAACCAAGCGGCAGCGUCGGAGUCAGGGCCGCCCUAGCAGUGGUGCCAGGCAGCGGCGGAGAGCGGGCCUGGCAGCCUCGCAGCAGCAGCAACAGCAGCAACAGGAGCCGGGCAGGUCGUCCUCAGAAGGCAAGGUGACCUGUGACAUCCGGCUCCGGGUUCGGGCAGAGUACUGCGAGCAUGGACCAGCCUUGGAGCAGGGCGUGGCAUCCCGGAGACCUCAGGCAUUGGCCCGGCAGCUGGAUGUGUUUGGACAGGCCACUGCUGUGCUGCGGUCAAGAGACCUGGGCUCUGUGGUGUGUGACAUCAAAUUUUCAGAGCUCUCCUAUCUGGACGCCUUCUGGGGUGACUAUCUGAGCGGUGCCCUGCUGCAGGCUCUUCGGGGCGUGUUCCUGACUGAGGCCUUGCGGGAGGCUGUAGGCCGAGAGGCUGUCCGCUUGCUGGUCAGUGUGGACGAGGCUGACUAUGAGGCUGGCCGGCGCCGCCUGUUGCUGAUGGAGGAGGAAGAGGGGCGGCGUGGGACAGAGGCUUCUUGAUCCUGGAUCUGGCAGGACUGACCCCACCUCCAAGUCUCCAGGCCACCCGAAAGGCGACCAUCUUGCCCCCAGAUGACUGUGAUUCAGCCGCACAAGGACUGCAUCAGGACUUCGUCAGGACUGCAGGUUCCAUGAUAGCCUCUCCUAUGAUGUGGGCUUUGAGGCAUAAACCACUUCUAGCUGCUUCCAUCCCAAAUUCCCCACUCCCAGGUGGAUUCCCUCAGCCUUGGGGACCCAGGGUCACAGAGCCCUGAAGUAGGGAGGCAUAACCCCCUGCACAUCAUGUCUGUCACCCUGGGCUGAUGCUGUCUGACCCCACACACUUUAGCCUAAGGCUACUUUCUCAGGAUCUCAGAUUUACUGUCCCCACGUGGGUUUCAGCCACAGCAGUGGGCUCUGGAGCAGGGGUGCCCAUGGGGCUUGCACACCUUGCCCAUUCAUCACCAACCAGGGCUCUGCCUGAGGCACACACAGAUAUCCAACUCUCGUCACCUUCCCCUGCUCCCUGGAACUAGACAGACUUGCCUUUGGGCCCUUUAACAGAGACUAUCCCAUGUGGGCUUUGAGGCCACAUCAGGUCAAAGGCAGCUGCUUCGUACAGAGCUAGGACCAGACCCAGCCACCUCGUGAAGGGAGGUGAGGACUCAGGCUGAUGGGAAGAUGUUUCACAAACUGUGCCAAUAAACCUGCCCUGGAAAGGGCACAGGUGGGCGUCGAGGCUCUCCGGUACCUUUGUUGGUCGACGAGGGGAAAGGCUGGAGAAGAGCAUGAUGCUAACUCGUCUGCCAGUCACAUCUGCCGCGGGCAUCUCCAUUCCUUGGGCCUCGUUUCCCUUAACCAUUAACCUCAGCAUCGUGGACCCCCAGCCUGCACAUGUGUGCUCUGUUGAAGUCUGUGUGUUCAUGGGGGGAAAUCUUGUUUCAUGUGUACAGGUGUUCUGCUCACAUGUGCUUCUGUGCACCACAUGUGUUCUGGCCUCCAAGGAGGCCUGAAGGUGGUGUUACAUGCACUGGAUCUAGAGAGAAGCAGUCAAGUCACUGUGAGGGUGCUGGGUCCUCUGGAAGUGCAGACAGCGAUCUUAACGACUGAGCCGUUCCUCCAGCCAUUUUCAAUUGGUCAGAUGGGGGGAGGGGGCACGGGGCACGUGCACUUGAGUGUAGUGCCCGUGAAUGCCCGAGUCGUGAGUCGUCCCCUCCCCCCUCCAAGGGAACUCAAGUCUCCAGAAGUUGUGCGCUGUCUGACAUGGCAGCUCAGAUCUGAACCCCGGUCCUCUGGAAGAGGAUGCUGGGAGUUUUAGCCCUCUCAGUGAGAGGAACUGAUUGUUUCCAAAACUGUUGGAACCAGAAUGGGAAACAGGAAAGGAGAGGAGACAACCAGGGAUUCUCAGCCUGCAAUUGCUUCCCCUGGGGCUCCCAACCCUCGCGCUCUGGCCUGGGUUUCAGGGUCCAGAGUUAAAGCACUACUUGCCACUGUGCGGCCUAAGGGGAGCACGCGGCUACCUUCUCCCCUUGGAAGGCAAAGGCUCAAGAGUGCUCUUUACCCAAAAUCAAGUCUUCCACCUUAGGGAAGGACUGGAGAGAUGGGGGUGGGGGUAGAGAUUCCAAGGGCUGCCCUUUAGUGGGGCAAGAAGGCCUAAGCGCCCUUCCUGGACCCCUAAAGGUUGGCAGACAGGGAAGAAAAUGGCAGAUGUAGGGGCUGAAUUCUGUCAAGGAGUGGAGGCGGGUCCCAUGGUCCUCCGUGUCCUCAGAGCCUGCUUUUACAGUCUGGGGCAAAUUUCUACUAGGUGGUCUGACAGUACUGCACUGCGUGGGCUCAGCGAAGAGAACGCCCUGGGGGAUGAGUAGUUGCAGGUGGGCUGGACCAGUGGUGAAGCUUGCUUAAGUAGCCCUUCCCUGUCUGACCCAGGAAGAGCACAGGCUCUUUUGUUAGUUUGAGAACUGGGUCUCACCCUGUAGCCCUGAAACACAAUGUGUACCAGGCUGACCUCAGAGGUCCGACUGCCUCCUGCUCCAGAGCUCUGGGUCUAAAGGUGUGCGCCACCACACCCUUAGGUUUUCCCACCAGAGUUUAGCUUUGAGGCUCUCCCCUGUGUGAGUUUUAAGUGUACCUGGAGGUGAAGCUGCCACUGUCCUUAGCCCAGGUCUGGCUCUGUUCAAGCCUUGAGGAAGCUCUCCUUUUCCCUCAGCUACCGUCUGAGGCUUCUGACUGGGCAGGUUUCCCACUCCAGGCCAGUUCUCUCCAGUCCUCUCUCUGACGGUUCCCCCAACAUAUUCUGGAGGCCUCUCCUGCCUGUUUUCUCCACCCUACCCCCACCUCACCCCAUCAGCUCUCACUAUCAUGUGCACCAGGAGGAAGUUAACCUAGGUUGGAGGGAAGGGACCUGUGCAGGUGGAGUGUCUUCCCAGAAGUCUACAGUGGCACGGGCCUGAGGUGUUGCCCUGUCACACCUGAAACCUUACCAUGGGUCCCUCCUGGGCUUGUCAGAGAGUUUUGAAUACAAAAGCGGUCUAGAGGAUCUCCAAAUACACCAGGACCAUGAAGACAGCUCAAGAGCUUCAAAAGUCCAGAAUCAGGAUUUUGGGGGGCAGAAUGCAGACGGGGUCUUAGCUCUGGAGAUAGGACCCUGUUGGGACUUAAGGAUAGUGGCCCAUCACUCCACAAAGGAACAAAGCCGAGGGCUGGCCCUGGGAUGAGGAGUUCCCCAGAAUGAUCCCAGUAUGUCGGGGUUGAGGGGUAGAAUGGUCCUUACCAAGGCCUCGGAAUAUCCUGAAUUAGAUGUAAAGUGACUAGACAACAAAGGAGACGUCUGUAGUCUACCUGCCUCCACCUUCUGUAUGGGGGAUCAGAGAACUGUCAGAGAUGGAUGAGAGCCCUUGGAACGAUAACAAAAAGUGACUGAGGUGGCCCUAGUGCACAUGGAGCUUGACAGCAACUGUUCUAUGAAACCUCCAUGUAGCUGGGCAGAACUGAAGACCUGAGGGGAUCCCAGGUUGGGCUCUAGAAGAGACCCUGUUUUCUUUGUUGAUACCCCAGACUGGCACCCUGGGACUCACAGGCCAGAGUGACCAGCCAGCUAUGACAGCAGUUGGAGACGCCCAAAGGCUAGUGAACGGAGACUUAUGGCCUGUUACUAACACUACUAGGUCCAACACAGUACAUGGCUCUUAACCCCCCAAGCUUGGAGGAAAAAGCAGGAGGAUCAGGAGUCUAAGGUCAUCCUCAAAUACAGCAAGUUUGAGGCCAGCCUGGUUUCCUGGAGACCCUGCCUCAAAAGCAACAGUGACAGAAAAAAAAAAAAACAAAAAACUACCACAUCACUGAGUAACAUUUGAGUUAUGAAAUACAACAUUGGGAAGAGUACAGAAGACAGUACCUGUAAUGUAAAUCUCUUGUGUAACCCAUGUCAGGAAGAAGGAAAAGAAAAAGCAAGCCAUCUCUUCAGAAGGCCCCUACUAGCUUUUCUGUUCACUAUGUAGCCCUGGCUAACCUGCAACUCCCUAUGUAGACCAGGCUGGCCUCAGACAAACUCAGAGAUCCACCUGUCUCUGCCUCCUGAGUGCUGGGAUUAAGGGCACGGCACACCACAGCUGGCUGGUACAAUAUAUUUUUAUUUUUCAUA